UUCGGAUGCAGUUAGUCUGGUUCCCUGUCCCUGCCUUGCUUCGUAUACUCCGCGUCAAUAGGCAAGGAUGAGUGUACUUUAUAACUUUUGCUCUAAUUAUCAGUGAAUGGAUUUAUUCGAUUAUCCCAAUUAUCAAAGGAUUUGAUGAUCAGACUUCCUUUCGUGUGUUGUGUAGGAAUAUUCAGGCAGCCUUGAUAUGACUGUAUUACACGUUUUUGCAUAUGUUAUGCUACAGUUAGCUAUCCCUAAGAGGAUUGACUCGUUGGGCUACAAUUUUCCUGUGUACUCAACAGACAUUUGCCCAAUGACUGCCAAGGAAUGGUCUAAUGCAUCUAUUCAGUUGAAUUGCAACGAAACACAUGGGUAUCAUUGUGUCCCUGAUAAGAAUUUUUCAUCUCUUAUACAGUUUUGUUAUCCACGAGGAAGAAGUAUUCCUUUCCAAAAAGGUAAUUGUUUGGAACUCGCCUAUACUGGAAUCCUAAACCACGUGAAGUGUGGCCACUUCAUUUAUGGUUGUCCAGAAAAGGACUAUUUCAGUAAUGAAAUUUAUCGGUAUCCGGCUUGCCUAAGAUUAGUUGCAAAAUGUUUUGCGGCAGAUCUUAAUUGUUUACGAAAACGAUACACCAUGAUUGAUGGAAGAGAGAAGAACUCUACUUUUAAUCGUGAACAAUCACUCGAAGAAGAAAAUAAUGCGACGGGCUUCAUUGUUGCUGUUUUUUCUCUGUCGAUUUUGUUUUUAAUAUUGUGUGGAUUAGUUGCCGUACUAUAUCAAAAGAUUCGUAAGCUACAAAGGAGCAUAGAUUCAGCGCUCAAAGAAGGUUAUUUUUCCUUUUAAAAUAUUUGGGAAUAACCCAGCAGUCAUUUUAUAACUGUUGGAAACUUUCCCCACUGUCUUAUUUUUUCCCAUGACCUUUUCACAAAUGGGUGAAUUUAAAGAAAGCAGUG